AUGGCCACCAACAUCACCUUCCACGCCUCGGGCGUCACCCGCGCCGAGCGCACCACCCUCCGCAACCAGCAGGGCCUCACAAUCUGGCUGACCGGCCUCAGCGCCUCCGGCAAGUCCACAUUGGCCGUCGAGCUGGAGAAGCAGCUCAUCCGCGACCGCGGCGUCCACGCCUACCGCCUCGAUGGCGACAACAUCCGCUUCGGCCUGAACAAGGACCUCGGCUUCAGCGAGUCUGACCGCAACGAGAACAUCCGCCGUAUCGCAGAGGUCGCCAAGCUCUUCGCUGACUCCUCCUCCGUCGCUAUCACCUCCUUCAUCUCCCCCUACAAGAAGGACCGUGACACUGCCCGCCAGCUGCACGAGGUCGCUACCCCCGGCGAGGAGACUGGUCUCCCCUUCGUCGAGGUCUACGUUGAUGUCCCGGUUGAGGUUGCCGAGCAGCGCGAUCCUAAGGGUCUGUACAAGAAGGCUCGUGAGGGUGUUAUCAAGGAGUUCACGGGUAUCUCGGCGCCGUAUGAGGCUCCUGAGAAGCCGGAGGUUCACAUUAAGAACGUCGACUUGCCUAUUGUUGAUGCUGUUAAGCAGAUUAUUGAUUACUUGGACUCUAAGGGUUACUUGCCUGCUGCUAAGAACUAG